UAAAAAGCGGACGAAACCACACAUUAUUGUGAAACUUGUUUGUUUCAGUAGCAGAAAAGAAAGCCCCGCUCUUCCAUAAACGCUGUAUCUAUGUUUUAGCGAAUUAUUUAAAUAAUGCACAUUAUUUUUUGUCAGGUAAAAAUGAAAACUAUUAAAAUACUGAUUUAUAUUUAUGAAACAAGUCUAAUAGACCCUCCCCUCCGCCGAGGAGCUUCCUAGCUGCAGCAAAGAGGAGGAAAGAUGGCGGCCGGCUACGCCUGGUUUCUGGUGCUCGGCUCAGUUUUUCUUUGCAACCUCAUGAAAACCUUCUUGUCUACACUGUCGUCUCUCCUCUCUAAAAUGAUCCAAAAAGAUGCUGAGCAGGAGAGUGAGAUGAGGACUGAAAUCCAGGGAAUGAAGAUGGAGCAGUCUUCCAUCAGUAUGAUGGACGAGUUUGCUAAAUACGCCAGACUGGAGCGCAAAAUCAACAAAACAACAGACAAGCUAAAAACACACGUGAAAUCGAGAACUGCUCAACAGGCAAAGGUGAAAUGGGUCGUGAACAUUGUUUUCUACAUAGCACAGGCCGCUCUGAUGGUGUCGUUGAUUUGGAAGUAUUACUCCGAUCCAGUGACUGUGGUCCCGAGUCGAUGGAUCGCACCGGUGGAACGACUUGUGGCUUUCCCAACAGGAGUUCCAGGUGGAGUGGGAAUCACCUGUUGGCUCGUGGUCUGCAACAAAGUCGUCACGCUAGGAUUUAAUGUCUUUAACCAAAGAUCUCAGCUGUAAAAAUGUGCAAAAUAUGGAUUUUCACAACUGGAGCUGAAUUACCAGAAAACUUAAAAAUGUGGCCCAAUUUAGCACUUUUUAAGUGCAAGACUCACAUGUUGAAUGUUGGUUUUAAAAGUGUUUGUUUUAAAUUAUGUGUUUGCAUAUUAUUUCAUAUUUUCAUUUGUAUACAAAUGUUUCAAAAUGUUAAAGCUGUUUAAUAAAAAAUGAAAAAGGUA